GCCUGCCGGCACAGGGGCGGCCGGGACGGGCCCAGCGGGGCGCCCCGCCAUGGCGAGCCCCGCACGCCCGCGGCAGGAGCUGGCGGCCGAGGAGCGGCGGCUCCGCGGCGCGGCCCCGACGGUGCCCCGCGACGGCAAGCGGGAGGCGGCGGGGGAGCGGCUGGUGCUGCUGGAGCUGCGCCGCUGCGGGCGGCCGCCGUCCCCCGGCCCCGGCGAGCGGCAGGAGGAGGGGGAGGAGGAGGAAGACGAGGGGGAGGCGGCAGCGGGCGAAGAUUGUUGCGGCAAGUGCAAGAAGCGGGUGCAGUUCGCCGAUUCGCUGGGGCUGAGCCUCGCCAGCGUCAAGCACUUCAGCGACGCCGAGGAGCCGCAGGUGCCGCCCGCCGCGCUGUCGCACCUGCAGAGCCCGCCCGGCGAGGAGCGGGACCCGCCGCCGCCCGGCGCCGACCCGCCGCCGCCCGCGCUGCUCCUGGUGCCCGACUUCCCCGACGGCGGGGAGCCCAGCGCCGAGCGGCUGCGGAGGCAGCGCGUCUGCCUGGAGCGCCUGGGGCGGCCCGCGGCGCCCACCGACGUGCGGGGCACGGUGCAAGUGCUGGGCGGCCCCGGCCCCAGGGAGGUGACGGUGCGCUACACCUUCAACGAGUGGCUCUCCUUCGUGGACGUCCCGGCCGCGCCGCUGCCCCCCGAGCCGCCGGCCGAGCGCUACGGCUUCACCCUGUGCGUCCCGCCGAGCCUGCGGGAGGGCUCGGCCCUGCACUUCGCCAUCCGCUACCGCAGCCCGCAGGGAGAGUUCUGGGACAACAACGGCGGCCGCAACUACACGCUGCGCUGCUGCGGCUGCCCCGGGGGCGGCCCCGCCGCCGCCCCGCCGGGCCCCGCCGCACCCCGCUACUGACGCCGGCCGGGCGAGGGGAGCCGAGGGGACCCGCCGGGCAGGGGCUGGGGCUGGAGCAGGCGGCCGCACCCCGCGCCCGGCGUGAGGCCCGGCUCGGGAGGGAGACGGCCAGCGCGCCGAGGGCCCGGCCCGGAGACUGACCCAAGUCUGGUGGUUUUUAAGCAGGAGCUUCAGUUUCUGCCAGCGAAAUAUGGAUGUGCGUAGGCUCGCAUUGCUGUGGCUUGUGGAAUUGUUCUCCUUUUUGGUUUUUUGUAAUUUUUUUUUUUUUUUGAGAGAGAGAGAGCGAGGAGACUGAGUAGCGUGGGCUUUGCUUUUCCCCUCUUGAAGUGAAUUUUUGAGGUCUUGAUUUGGGCUUGACUCCACUUACCGAUUAGUCAAGAGCACUCGUGUGAAAACUUGGUGGCGUGUCCGCUACAGAUUUAACUUAGGAUCCCAAUUUUCCCGUUCUCAGAUCCAUUUGAAAGACACAGUACUGCGACAGCAAUGGUGUGCUUUGUCCUUUUUUUGUUAUUUUCCUUUAGUUCAAUGGACUCCGUAACAAUACGAUUCACUGUUGUGAGCACCUGUCAAACCCGUGACAGGCUUGCGUGCCCGUCCCACCUUUGCCAUGGCUGCGGCAGCUCUGAACAGCAGGCACUCUGUUUUGGGGCUGGAUCUGGGGCUGGACUGGGCUGCCCUGGUUUUUGUCACUCAACACACUUCGGUACCGCUCUCCAGGCUCACAUGUAGAUCCCGUCUGGCUAAUAGCAGCCAACAGGGACUUGUGCAGAAAUGUUUUUGCUUAAAAUAGACUGGUGACUUCUUUUCACACAACCGACGAGUCUAAAACCGGGACGAAGGAGGAGUUAAAAUACUUGCUGAUGCUGUGUUUAUCAGGAGAACUUUGGUAACACCUUUAAGUCAUGCACUGUGAAGUGAAAGGUGGUGUUUGUCUCGUACACGGUUCUGUAUUUUCAGAUUUGGGUCUGGUUUGGAUGACCCUUCUCACUGAGGAGUGACGCUGCCAUACAGAGAGGGUGUCCUCAGUAACAAAUGGAAACAAGUGCCUUAGUUCAGAUCUCCUUAUGUUACAUUUUGCACCACAUUUCUCAAGUAUUUAUAAUUUAUUCAGCUUUUUUGCUACAUGUUUUUCUGUAUUUGUAUGCUGCUGGGAAGGAACUUUGUUGUGCACACAGCUGGACUUUAUGGCGCUGGACACUUGAAUUGAUUUUAUAGUCUUCACUCUUGCACUGCAAGCCUAGAGGUGGACUACUACUGGUGUCCCAACUCUUGAAAUUAAGCAAAAACAUCAAGGCAAAUGGGUUUGUAAAAAUAAAAAAAAGUUUUAAAAAAAGACAUAAAGCUCACCAUUACACUUACUUUUUGUUUUUUUUGCAACCUAUGGUAUGUGUGUCCUGACCAGGGUUGAUCCUGUCUGUAAGCAGUGUUUAGGGCUGUAGCUGAAAAUGACUGUUGCCCUGCCAGAGUCAUGAGGCAAAUCAACCCCUAAGUCUGUGAUUGUUGUAGGGUGUUUUUAUGAGCAGAGCUGUGGUGUGAGGAAGCUUUACUAGCUUGGAUGGAAAAGUAGGUGGGCUAUGGUCAGGGUUUUUUGGGGCUCUUCUGCAACUUUGAUUCUUCUUGUUUUCUUUUGAUACGGUAUCUCAAAAUAUGGGUUGUUUUUGGUUAAUGAAGAAAAAUUGCCAGAAUGCAGAAAAUGCCCUGACAUGGAUGUAUGGUCUUCUGUGAGACCAUGGAAUGCCAUUUUCCUUUUUUGACACAGAGCACAGUGUGAGAUUUCUCAGGUCUUCAUUUCCUCUGAAGAUGUAAAACAUCUUAAGGUUAUUGUGACAAUGUUAGAAAAAAUACUUCUUGAUAAGAGAAUAUUUUCAAGCCUACAGCUAUCCUGCCUUUUGAGCUGGCUGGAGCAGACCCAGGAGCUAAAAGCAGGGAGUCUGUUGGGGGAAAGAUGGGAAGCAGAGGGAGCUUCAUACUAAAGGUGCUGCAGUUCUGCUCACAUGCACACUGCUGCUGAAACACAGCCUGUCCUCCCUCCUCCCAAAAAAGCCUGUGUGUACAGCACAGCCUGAGAAUACAGCCAGAGACAAGGAGGUGUUUAAUUCCUUCGGAAACCAUUCUGCUGUUACACUGUAUCAGUUGCUUUGACAACGCACAGAGGGAGAGCUCUGUGCGGGCAAACAGAAGUUCCUACUGUUGUCCUUCAGGUUACAUGUGAACUCUCGCCAAAAAGGUUUGAAGAGAGAAUAGUGAACUCUGCUGUUUCCCUACGCAAGUUUGUUUUAAGUCUGUCAUGCAUUACAGGAUUAUAGGAUGUUACAUGGGAUAACCUGGUAUGAAUUAGCCUUUCUUCAGAUGCUGCAGCAAUGAAAUAGUGUGCUCUUAAGCUGAAAUAGUGUGCUCUUAGUGCAGUGUCAAGAUUGAUCCUUCAUUUAUGUACAAUAUAAUAUUUGGGAUUUCUGGAGCCCAUUCCUUAUUCUGUGCUUUGUUUAUUAGUUGCCUCAGAGAAGAAGGAAAAACAUUGCCAGAAAAAGGAGGGGAGAGAUCUCUCCUUACCAGAAUUUAAAGGAGCAGCCAUAUUCUGAUGGCUGUGUCUGGGCAGAGGUGGUACCAUGAAGAAUCCUGGCUAGCUGUGCCUAGUGAUAGAGGCCUGGAAAUGUUCUCUGGUCCACUGUAAACAUUGACAUCCAGAACACGUGACAUUUCUGUGUGCUUUUCAGAUGUGUGACCUGAAAUUUGAAAUGCAAGAAAGUACUUGCUGAGGCUAGACAGUAAAAUCUUCUGAGUGCUUCAGAAAAUCAGUGCCAAUUGAAAAUCCUGCCAAUUGUGAUAAUUAAAGCACAACAUUUUUGUGCUUUGAUACCUGGUGAAGUGCUUUUAUUUGUUAUUAAGAAUUCCUUUUUGUGAAAGGAAGGAGAAAACCUCUAGAUGGGAGUCAGACAUACUCACAUUUUGAUAGACAGUACAUUUCUGUGCUCUUAGGAUUUUACAGAAGCAUAGAUUUCCAAAGCAAGGUUCAAAGACAGCCUACUCAUAGUUGUGUGUGUUUUCUAGCUGAGGUUCCUGAGGGCUAUGGAAAUGCAAGGCUUUAUCAAGGAUUACACUGGGCAGCAGUUGUAAAAAUCCAACUGGACCAUGUGUGUACCAAAGGCUUGCAAGCCCACAUCAGCAAACCCCAGGGCUCCUGCUCCUGGCCAUAGGUUGAGACACAUGGCAUAAUUGCAACAUUAUUCUCAAAGGAAUAUAAUCAAAAUGAAGUUGUUUUAAUUCCAUUAAAAUCUCAAGGCCAGUAGAGUGAAAUGUUAAGUGAAGCACUCUGUCUGUUUGCUUGCAUUACUGUUAAUGUAUUUCAUAAAGUUUCAAAACAUAACUUUUGGAAGAUGUUCUUAUAAACAUGCUCCCUUCCCUAACCUAAAUAAGAAAUUUAAGACUUAUUGCACUUUUGGAAAAACUUCAGCUCCAAAGAUUUUUGUUUUAUGCAGAUUUCUGUUCCCCUACCAUGGAUUAAGGACUGAGGGUAGAAAUAGCUGCCAAACGGUUUUAUAGGUGUAUAUAAAUGAAGAAAGUUUAAUAUAGUUGAAACUCUGUAGGGGUAACUGUGAAGGACAUAAAAGGUAAAUCUUCCUUAAGCAAUUUUUUGCCAUGUACACUUACUUUUAAAUUCAGAUUUAAAUGGUUCAGGAAAGGGCUGUGAAGCUAAAUUUACUUUGGUGUCAUGAAGAUCUGUAAGCUUGCAUGAAAACUACUUCUGUUUUAUUUAAAAUUGGAGCUUUCAGUCAGUACUUGGAAAGUCUGGCUUCUGCUCCCAUUGGCUUUGCUGGGAUUUGGAUCCAGCCCAAAGUACUGCAGGAAGGUAAGGGAAAUGAUCUAGGUUUAAUUGUCCAUUCUGUUCAGAGUCUUGUGUUAUGGGGUUAGGAUAACAUGGCACUGUGAUGAAUGUUCAUCUGUCAAGAGUUCAAAAUCUGCUGUCUGUGCACGGCAGUAAUUAAAUCACCUUAAUUGUUUUUUCAUGAUUCUUUCUGAGAGAGGGAAAAUUGCUUGCCUUGGAUUAGCAUAUUGCCAAAGACUGUUAUAAAUAUUUAUGGGGUGUACUCUUUCAAUAGAAAGCCUGUACAUUCUU